AUGGGCUCGCACGAGAUCAAUGGCCCGCCCCACGAGCCGACCGACGUCUCUCUACCGUCGUCGCUGACUGACUUGUCGGAGAAGAAGGCGGCACAGACGACGGCGGUCGAAGUUGAGGCCGACGGGGACGUCGACGAAGCCGCGGUUGACCAUCUAGAGAACGAGCUGGCCUCGUAUGGCGUCAACGAAGACCAGUACGCCGAGGUCAAGCGGCUGGCCGAGUCCUACUCGCUGGAAGACACGCGCGAGCGCAUCGUCAAAAUCAUCCAGAUCCACGAGCACGACCCCAACUUCCGGCACGACCUGAUUGAGGCGUUCAAGGCGUUUGUCCAGGCGGACGCGCAGCCGCUCGCGCCCUCGCCCUCGCCCUCGCCCUCGCUCUCGCUCUCGCAGAUCAAGCUCGAAGUGGCCCUCAUCACGUACAACAGCCCGUACCCGCAGGUGCGGGCGGUCGUGGCCAACGAGGACGACCCCAGCAUGCCGUCGUCGACGGUGCGCGCGUGGGCCAUCGGGCUGUCGUUUGCGGUGCUGCUGGCGUUUGUGAACCAGCUCUUCUCGAUCCGGCAGCCGGCCAUUGUCGUCGGCGCCACCAUUGCGCAGAUGCUGGCGUACCCGCUGGGCACGGCGGCGGCGCGCGUGCUGCCGGACUGGGGCGUGGCGGUGGCCGGAUCGCGCGUCAGCCUCAACCCGGGGCCGUUCUCGCCCAAGGAGCACAUGCUCAUCACCAUCAUGGCGAGCGUCGGCGGUGCGCCGCCCUUUACCGGCCUCAUCAUCUGGACGCAGUACCUGCCGCAGUUCUUCAACCAGCGGUACGCCGGGCGCUUCGCGUACCAGAUCCUGAUCGGCCUGGGCACCAACUUUAUCGGCUACGGCCUGGCGGGCAUCUGCCGGCGCUUCCUCGUGUACCCGAGCUACUGCGUGUGGCCGACGAGCCUCGUGACGAUUGCGCUCAACACGGCCUUCCACGGCGACCCAAACCGGAGGGUGCGCCACCGCGGGCCCUGGGGAUGGGUGGCGACGGCGUCGCGGCUGCGCGUUUUCUGCGCGGCCUUUGGCUGCAUGUUUGCCUACUUUUGGCUGCCCAACGUGCUGUUCCAGGCGCUCAGCGUCUUCAACUGGCUCUCGUGGAUCGCGCCCGGCAGCGUGCGCCUCAACAGCGUCGUCGGCUUCAACAACGGCCUCGGCCUCAACCCGUGGCCCACGUUUGACUGGAACAUCCUGCACGCCGGCAGCGACCCGCUGGUGCUGCCCUUCUUCACGACGCUCAACAAGUUUGCCGGCAGCUUCGCCUCGCUCUUUGUCAUCCUGGGCCUCUGGUACGCCAACGCCUUCAGCGCCGCGUAUCUGCCGCUCAACUCGAACCGCGUCUUCGACCACCACGGCGCGCUCUACAACGUGUCGCGCGCCGUCGACGCCGACGGCCUGUUUGACGCCGCCAAGUACGCCGCCUACAGCCCGGCCUUUCUGUCCGCCGGCAACAUCAACGUCUACGUCUUCUCGUUUGCCAUCUACACCGCCACCCUCGCCUACGCCGUGCUCUACCAGUGGCACGAGAUCCGCCUGGGCUUUGCCGCCGUCUUUGACAGCCUCGUCGGCUUCGUCCGCCCGCGCCGCGCCCGCGCCCGCGCCUUCUCCCGCGCCGCGCACUACGAGGACGUCCACAACCGCCUGAUGGCCCGCUACCCCGAAGUCCCCGCGUGGUGGUUCGCCGCCGUGCUCGUCCUGGCCACCGUCUGCGGCAUCGCCGGCGUCGCCCUGUGGCCCACGCACACGUCGCCCGGCGUCGUCUUCUACGGCCUCGGCCUCUGCGUCGUCUUCAUCGUCCCCAUCGGCGUCAUCCGCGCCAUGACCGGCAUCGACGUCAGCCUCGGCAUCCUCGCCGAGUUCAUCGGCGGCGCCCUCGUCCCGGGCAACCAGCUCGCCAUGAACUACCUCAAGGCCUACGGCAUGGUCACCGCGUCGCACGCCCUCUCCUUUACCAACGACCUCAAGCUCGCCCACUACGUCAAGAUCCCGCCGCGCCAGACCUUUUCCGUGCAGAUGGCCGCCACGCUCGUGUCUACUUUUGUCUGCACCGCCGUCUUGAACUUUCAGAUGAACAACAUCCCCGGCGUCUGCACCAUGGACGCCCCCAACCGCUUCACCUGCCCCUGGGUCAACUCCUUCUUCACCGCCUCCGUCCUCUGGGGCACCAUCGGCCCCCGCAAAAUCUUCGGCCCCGCCGGCCAGUACACCCUGCUGCUGCUCGGCUUCCCCCUCGGCCUCGCCAUCGCCCUCGCCUUCUGGGCCGCCAAGCGCCGCUUCCCCCGCCACUCCUGGCUGCGCCAGGCCCACCCCGUCGUCCUGCUGUCCGGCGCCAUCCACUGGGCCCCCUUCAACCUCAGCUACGUCUGGCCCGCCGUGCCCUUUGCCUACCUGUCUUGGCAGCACGUCAAGCGCAAGUGGCCCGGCCUCUGGGCCGAGUACAACUUUGUGCUGUCGUCGGCCCUGUCCAGCGGCAUCGCCGUCGCCGGCCUCGUCAUCUUCUUUGCCAUCCAGUGGCCCGGCAUCCAGAUUUCGUGGUGGGGCAACACCGUCUCCUACCAGGGCUGCGAGAGCAAGCUGGACCCGUGCCGGCUGCGGUACCUGGACAAGGACAAGGCCGACUACUUUGGUCCACGGAUCGGGGAGUUCCAUUAG